ACUUCCACAGUGAACUCCUACAGCUUUCGGUUUUCCUUCCGUCAUAUGAUACUCUAACUCUUUGAUUGACAGAUUUGCUAUCUUACCAAGCACUUCUAACCAAUCGUUUGUAUUUUCCCUUGUUAUUCAAUAUUCUCUAACUUGACCUCUUGCGACCUUGCCACGAAUCUCCAAUCAGGCAGCUUUCGUAUUCGCGUUUUCGAAUUCGACUGCUCUCGUAUCAGAGUUUACUUACUUUCGGAUUAGAAGUAAAGUUCGUUUUUACGAUCAAAGAGUUUCUUCGCUAUAUAGAAUUGAAUUGAGAGUGGUAGUCACAUGGCUUCAUCUUCUGGAUCACUGGACAGGACUGCUUUAUACCCUGCCCCCAAGCGUAUUACUGUAACUUCCUGUGGUGAUGGUAUCGAGGUUAGACUGGAAACCGAAAAAUCAGACGCAUCUACCGAGGAGGAGAAGAACAAUAAUAAUAAUAAGGAAAGUUCGCCGACUGAACCCRUACCCGCUUUCACUGCGGACGUUCAAGGCGAGGCAGUAAUCCCUACUAGCGACUACUUCGAAACGGAACUAGAAACCAAAACGGCAAGUUUUGUUAUUACAGAUGAAGAAUGGGGCUUAGUAACACCCCGAAAAAUGCCCUCUGGGGGAAGACUACUGACUGGCCCGUGGGCACACAUCCUAUCUAACCACCUAAGAGAGUCUAAUCCGUAUUGCUCAUUUGCAUUUCAUUACAAUCGCCUAAAGACAGAACAUUCUAGAAAAAGAAUGGCGCCAUUUUUUAAGGCGAUUGGCACGUGUAGGGUYAAGGAAUGCAGCGUGAUGGUGAGGCUUCUGAUCAGGGGUAUAAAUGAAAGCAAGCGAUUGGUGGAUGUGUCGUACAACGGGACGUUAAGACACAGGGUUCCCGUUCAAUACAAACCGGAUCACGUUAGAAACGAGAAGUCAAAUGGUAUGCUACUCCUAGGAGUUUGUCGAGAUUCAGAACCUGGACCACAGCAUCUGCCAAACUUAUCGAUAGCAUCAGAAAUUAGCAAUGAAACUGAAGAAUUGCCUACAAUAGCAUCAGGAAUAAGCAAAGAAAAUGAAGAAAUGCGUACUGCUUCAGAAAAAAGCAAAGAAAAUGAAGAAAUGCCUACUGCUUCAGAAGUAAGCAAAGAAAACGAUGAAAUGCCUACAACAGCAUCAGAAAAAAGCAAAGAAAAUGAAGAAAUGCCUACGAUAGCACUCRCGAACGUCUGAAUUAUUUUUUCUAYGUAGGCUAGGCUUUAUUGUUAUUUGGCUUCCUGUGGAAUCAGUAAGACUAGUAGCAACAGGAAGCCCGCACAUGAAAAARUAUGUAUGAAAAAUAUUGCAAUGUGGCAAUUUUAACAUUAAUAUGUAAUGAAAGAUUGUUUAAUAAAUAUCAUCUGUUUAUAUAAUUCUUACUAGACCACAAAACAAAAAACAAAAAAACAAA